AUGUAUGACAAAUGGGAUAGAGUGGGCAAUUUUACCCUGCUCCUGUUUGCUCCCAAGCAAGAGGUUGAGACAGCACUAGAUUGUGACUUUGACUCCUCAGAGCUGCAACUUGAGGCUUUAGAGGGGACUGUUGCCAUGGGUGAAGCAAUCUUUAUCAACAACGGUGUUUUGGAUAUCACAACAAGGGUGGCGGGCUUCCCAUCAUGGAUUCAGCUUGAAGCUCCUAUUGUUGAGUCUCAAUUGAUCCACCUAGCACCAGGCGAAGAGAUGAGAUUGCCAUUUAUUGCCAGCACAGAAAGUCUUCCCGUGGGUGUGACCUCUAGCCUGUUGACUGUGUCAGUACAAGAUGAUGACUAUCCUGAUUGCUUCUACAGUGAGAUUUUCAGUGCUACCAUCACCAUCGAUGUCCAGGAGGAGGAGAACCUUCAUCAACUGGGUCACUUUCGAGCAUUUGGUUUCAUUAUCAGUGUGCUUGUCAUGAUGGCAUCCCUUGCUUGUGCUCUUUGGGUUGCCAAGAAUGCUCGAAAGGCCAUUGUGAAUGCAGCCCAGCCAUUCUUUCUCCAUGUGUUGUGCUUUGGCACAUUCAUUAUGGGAGCAUCUAUCCUUCCUCUUUCUAUUGACGACUCCUUGGCCAGCAGCAAGGGAUGCAGUGUUGCCUGUAUGAUGUUCCCAUGGAUGCUAGCUCUGGGGUUCUCCAUAACUUUUUCAGCGGUAUUCACUAAAGUGUGGAGGGUUUCCAAACUAUUUCAGGCAGCGGGCAACUUGCAGAGGGUCAAGAUAUCCCCACAGGAUGUCAUGGUUCCCUUUUGUGUUAUUAUCACUUUGAAGCUGGUAUUGCUUCUAACAUGGACCUUGGUUGAUCCUCUUAGCUGGGAGCGUGCGCAUAAGAGCAGCAGCAGCUCCUAUGGAACAUGCUGGUCCAAUUUGAGUGGUGCACAGCUUGCCAUCCUGUCUCUACUGGCAGUGGUCAACUACUCAGCCUUGGUUUUGGCCAAUGUCCAAGCCUACCAUGCACGGAAUAUUGCCGAUGAAUUCAGCGAGAGCAAGUACAUCUUCUUGGCCAUGUUUGGGGUUCUUCAGGUCUCCAUGAUUGGCUUGCCAGUUAUGUUCUUGGUGUUGGAGAGCCCUCCUGCUCUAUUCUUUGUCCAAUCUACUCUUGUGUUUGCCAUUGCCAUGUCCAUUCUUCUUUGGAUCUUUGUUCCCAAGAUUCGGAAUGUGAUGAGAUACCAAGAUGUGGAUUCCAGAAGGAACAUUACUCUUGCAACAAGGUGUGUUGUGCGAGAGCCGCGACGUGACCGAAGCACCGAGUUUCGUUCUGAUCUCCCCAGCUAGCUAGUUGACACAGUGGCGAUGGAAUGUCACAAAUUUGGUUUCCCAAGACGCAUUGAGUUGUGCUUCAACAUGCCAUUGCUGGGACUACCGACCAACUGAAGAAUGACGAGGCUGCGAGGCCUUGGAAAAACUUUUCCGACGAUCUAUGGCUAUAGAUUGUACCGGUGUCUCUGAACAACGAGGUUCGUCGAUCACAAGUGCAAUGCUCGAUAUCCUCAGCGCGCUACGGCAGCUCUCGUCUACUGAAACGAACGAGCAUAUACUCGAAAGAAAGUGUUAUAA